GCAGCUUCGGGGAGAUGGCCUCGCUACAGCGGCAGCGGAGGAAGGUUGGACGUGUACCUCCGCUCCUCGGUCGCCUAAAACAGGUUUUACGUGAGGGAGCCUCCGUGUUUUCCCAGCCCCCUCCCCCGCGAGCCUAAGAGGGGGUCGAGGAGGAGAAGGAGCAACCGGAGCGGAGCAGAGGCGGCGGCGGCGGGCAGAGGAGUCUUGUCUCCGGCCUCUGCUGCACGCGCCUUCCAGGAAAAGGCGCCUGGUUCGGGCGAGAAGCUGCAAGGGCUCGAUAAGCUGGCCGCUAUCGGGACGUCGCAGGCAGCAGAGCACAGCAAGGAGGAGCUGCGGGGGAAGCGAGCGAGUCGCGGGCACAUCUCCAAAGCCAGCCGGGAAGGAGGGACGGAGACAACCCAGAGGGAGGGCGUGGAGACCCGGGCUCCCCUCCAGCCGUGCUGGAAGCCGCUUGUGCGCUCGGUGGCGUCGCUGUCCAGGAGGACGGGAAAGCUGCUCGUCCCCCCCCCCCCCGGGCGCCGCUUCUGGAGAUGUAGCAAAGAGCCAGCAUCCAUUAACCACGAAUCAUGUCAGUGAAACUAACCUUUGCCUCCCCUGCUGAUGGGGGAAGAAUCAGCAGGAGCUGCUCCUUCGCUGGAUUUAGCAGCACACAAAGCCGGAUGUUGGCAAAAUCUCUCAGCAAAGGAUCCACAAGAUCCAAAAUGUCAGUAAAAUCUGCCAAGAUGUAUUCUUCUCUACAGAAAGUGGCCGUCCUCUGCGAUCCCAAACCACAACAAGUAAAGAAGGUGUUUGAAGCUUUGAAGAAAGGGCUUAAUGAAUAUCUGGAAAUGCAUCAAACAGAGCUGGAUUAUCUAUCAGAGUGCCACCGAGACAGAAGAAGAAAUUCCAGGCUGGGUUUCUACUAUGAUUUGGACAAGCAAAUCCGCUCUGUUGAAAGAUAUAUCAGAAAACUGGAAUUUCAAAUAAGCAAGAUAGAAGAAUUAUAUGAAGCAUACAGCAUCCAGUGUAGACUGCGAGAUGGUGCUUCAAAUAUGAAACAUGCUUUUUCCUUGUCUCCUUCCACUAAAGCAUCAAGAGAGAGCUUGGUUGAACUCUACAAAAAUCUGCAAGAAUGUACAGAGGAUAUGUGUUUGAUUGAGGGGACCCUUGAAGUACAUUUGGGGGAGUUUCACUUGAAAAUGAAAGGAUUGGUGGGUUAUGCUCGUCUCUGUCCGGGUGACCAAUAUGAGGUGUUUAUACGGCUGGGGCGCCAGAAGUGGAAAAUAAAAGGCAAGAUUCUGACAGAUGACAGUCAAACUUGGGACGAGGAAGAAAAAGUUUUUAUACCCAGUCUUCAUGAGAAUUUUGAAAUCAAGGUGACAGAACUGCGAGGACUCAGUACGGUCCUGGUUGGCACUGUAACAUGUGACAGCAUCGAAUUCUUUACAACUAGACCACAAACCAUCAUUGUGGAUAUAACUGAACUUGGUACCAUCAAACUACAAUUGGAAGUCCUCUGGAAUCCUUUUGAUUCCGAGAACUUAAUUUUGUCCCCUGGGUCCACCACCAAGUUUUCUGUGGGAAGUAGAAAAAACUCCAUAUACAGCUGGACUCCUCCAAACACUCCUAGCUUCCGAGAAAAAUAUUACCUUUCUGUUUUGCAACAAGGAAAGAAACAUGCAAAUAUUAGGGAAGAGACCCAAGAUUCCUGCAUCCUGAGCUACUUGGCUGACUGUGAUUUUAACAUGCGUCUGAGGAGUGUAAGUCACAGCCUUACAGAGACAACUGAAGGAAGUUCAUUUAGUUCUGAAGAUCAGAAAGUGACAGAAAGCAGAAACAUUACUCCACCAUCAAAUGAAAGGAAGUUGCCAUUGGCUAUUCUGCAGAAUAAUUGUGCAGAAGGAGAGGAACAGGAUAUUUCAAUAUGCCAGUCUCCUGGCCACAGAACUUUAGAUAUCCUACAAGAAACACCCUAUGCUGAAACCUCUUUAACUAUUCCAUCAUAUCUGCUGGAACAAGACAAAGAUGGUGGUAAAACCAUCACUCGGGACUGGCACCAUCCUACAGUGCAACAAACAAAGAUUCUCUCUGUUGAACAAAAAGACUGGAAUGAUAAUGAUGAUGAUGCCAAAACUACUGGAAAGACCAAGUCAAUUCAGAAAAUCCUACAGGAAGUGUUAAAAUUGCUGAAGUCACAAUGUCCAAGUCCUGUCCCACUGGAGGAAUUGGAAUACCAGGUCUUCUGUAUCCAGGACAAAUUAAAGCCCAAAAAGUAUCCUCCAAAACAUUCUUCCAUGGAGAGUUUGAUGGUAGAGACCGUGUUGGAAAGCUUUGACUUCCUUAAUGCUGACUGCAGUGCUGAUGAACUCUCCUCCUUUGGAAGUGUAAGGACCUGCAGCACCAGUAUCUACAAUGAUGCCACUCUUUCUUCUCUGUGCUGUGAUGCUCACAUGGAAAAGGAGUUAACCACAGGAAGUGAUGACCUGGAUAGACUUCUGGAAAUUCACCUGCAACUCUGCCGGAUCCUUCUGCAGAAACUCCUAAAGCCAAACUUAGCUCCAAUUGUCCAGGAGAACCUUUUGAAAGAAGUGUCACAACAGAAGCAUGUCUUAGAAAUAAUUUCUGCUCUGGCUACUCCUGUGCCACGGAAAAUUACUUCUGUUGAGGAGAUUAUCCAAAAAGCCCAAAAGCCAAAACACUGCUUGAAGAUCUGGAGUGAGUGUACUGAACAGGGAAGCAUAUUAUUCUGUCCAGCAGAAAGAUUUUGGAUUCCUUUGAAAUAUAUACUGAUGUUCAAAACAAAAGAGAAAUAUCGACAUCAUCUAGAAAAAGUUUUGCAAGUAUUCCUGGAACAGAUAGUUGGAGGCAUUUUACUAGGCAACUCGAGAGAUCUUCCAGCUGAAUCCGUGACGUUAUUCCAGUUUUACAGCUACCUGGAGAAACACCAUGUAAACAACUUGGAAAAAUAUUUGAUCCGAUUCGCUAAAGAAGUAAUAUUGACAGAGGACCUGCAACGUCCCGGGAGAAUGAAGAAAAUAAAGAAGUUAAAAGGGAAGCAGCUGAAUCAGCUGGAACCUCUGCCUCAGACCUUACGGCUCCUUGCGGUCCUGCAGCUUGAUGAGAAUCAUCGUAUAGGCAAAGCAGCCACAUUGUGCCUUUCUCGUGCAGCAACCAACAGGAAUUUCAGGGAAAAAGCUCUUCCUUUUUACACAGAUCUCUUAAGCAACGAUGAUGUGAAACUACAGCAAGCCGCUUGUCUAGCCCUCAAAAACCUCAGAGGCAUUGAAAGUCUAGAGCAAAUUGCCACACUGUGCCAAUCAGAAAACGAGGAAGUGAGGACCACUGCCAGAGAAACAACACUUUCAUUUGGAGAAAAGGGAAGAUUGGCUUUCGAAAAAAUGGACAAAAUAUGCUGUGAUCUAAGAGAGGCUAUGUAUCAAGAAGCUGACAUUGAAAUUACAAUAUUUUGAACAAGAACUUCAAAGGAGGAACCAAGGGUUAGAUGCUACAGUAGAAAGGAGUCUUCCAAGAAAAAAGAAAAGUUGAACGCCAUUGGAAAACAUAACAAACCAUAACUACAAAUAUUUUUAAGCAUCCACAUUCUAUAGUCUUAAAUAUAAUUAAUAUUACACUUGCACUAUAUUUGAGUGCUGAAGAUGUAUAAUGAAACCCAAACACCAUUUUUGGAUUCGAUGAAUGAGAUUGGAGAAGCUUCUUUUUUUAAUUAUUAGGUGUCCCCCUUUGGUUUCAAGACAAAUAUUUAUCUUCUCUGACACAAGAGGAGGCAGACUAUUUUAUAUAUAUUUAUUCAUUUAAUUCUUGUAGACCAAGAUUUUUCAAAUGUAAAGUUCUAACAUAAUUAGCUUAAUGCAGCAAAUUAACUUGUGGUUGCCUUCUAGUGGCCUUUUUCCUUUGGAGCAGAUCUCACAGAGACUUUAAGGCAAAAGUUGAGGCUGAUCAUUUCAAAUUUUAGACAUUUUCCCCACUUUUUACAUAAAACAUCCUAGGGCAAACACAUCUCCCCUGUCCUCCUCCCAUAAGGCAUCUCUCAUUCUUUGAUUUGGGGACAAGGGCAUCUGCAAAGUUUUUUAAAAAAUUACCAUGGUGGCUGCAACUGGAUUAUUGAAGCGUAUUCUGUUUUUAUUUGUAUCAUCUGCACAAUGCAUGUGAAAAAGCAGACAGAACUUUCCACAUAGAUUAAAACUCGACAUAAAAUUCUUGGAUUUGUGGACUGAGACUGGAGCUUUACAAAUAGUUGUUGGUCGUCCCUGUAGCUUCCAUUUAAGAUAUUACCAUGUUCACAUUUUUGACAGCCCUUUCCUCCCUCCUUCCUUGUCCCCAUUACACCUAUUUCCUAUUUCUAUUUAUCCAACUAUUUGAAGAGCUGUGGUGGCAGAGUGGUUAGAAUGCAGCAUUGCAAGCUAACUCUGCCCAAUGCCAG